AAAUACAGUCCAUCAUCAUCUAAGCGUUACCAUAACAGCCGUGCUUUCAUAGAUGCAGUAGGCAGUGGGCAAUAGCUUUUUCACUGUACAAGGGUCUUACUAAUCGUAGCCAUUUCGAUCACUUCCUGUCAUCAUUGAUCAUGCACGACGCUUUGAAAAUACCGCUGGUCAUUGAAAAUAUAUUUUCAUGCGCAUUCCAAACAUAUGAGAAUCAGGGCACAGGAUUCUCUGAUCCGUAUUGCCUGCGAGAAAAGUACCGAGUGGCAGGGGUUUGUCGCGAGUGGAGAAAUGCCGUCUUAUCGCGUAUAAAUGGCGAUUUUCAUGUCUACAUGGUCGGAAGUAAGAUCCAGCCCGAGGAGCACUACGCACCUGAUGAACCCUUGGACUCUAAGCAUAUUUCAGAUGGGCCUCGUUUCUUGACGAAUCUUGAGCUGAUCCCAUCAACCGCAAAACCACGAAGGAUUGUCGUUUAUUACGAACAUCCCGACAAUUUCAAGCUCGAGGCAUGCGCCUAUUUGAAGACGAUUGGAUUUGACCAGCGCGACUGGAAGUCGGUGCAGUCCUUGGUAAUCAACGUAGGAACUGCUGGCCAGGUCAUGCCGCCGGUGGAAGGUAUUGGCAUAGACGUCGGCUACAUUCUACAUUACACCCCAAACAUCGAGUCGAUUUCGCUUCUGGUCAAGGGAUGCAGAAUGCUGGACAUUGAUGCCCUGGAGUACUUGCCGAUCUUCACUGCAAACAGCAUCACAACACUCCACCUCGAUACCACAAACAUGUGUGAUCUCUCAAGUAUGGUUCUCCCCACAUUGGAGGAGCUCUCGAUCGACUGCUCGUGCAACGCUGAUAUCGGCUGGCUACCUCCUCUUGAUACGGGUGUUAUCAGGCGCCUACGGCUGAAGCAUAUACAGACUGAUGAGUUCUUCCGCCUAUUGCAGAGUACGGUGGCGGGGGCUGAGGUGAUAUUCUCGCAGUUGGAGAUGCUGGAAGUCAUAUUCAUGGCUGUUGAUCGUAGCCUAUACGACGGUCUCAAUGAUGGGCUUGUAGAUGUGUUUGGCGGCAGCACGGCAGGGGAUGAUGGAUCGAGUCAGUACACAUACAGCUUUCCUAAGCUGCGCCAUCUCAUCCUGUGCGGGUUGCUUGAUAACGUGGCAGAAACAUACCGUCUGUUCAAGGAUGCGCCGCUGGAGACACUGAGGCUUACCAAAAAUAUAGGGCUCCUGGACUAUAUCGAUAUGGGCGGCUUCCCAACACUACGGUCAAUUCAUGCUGAUACAGAGCAUGUAGUUUCGGAAGCCAGUGCACGUUUGCUUGAUAACAGAAUUCUAGGUUCAAGGUCAAGCCUCGACAGGGUCUCCAUCGUCUUUUAUGCCCCGUUGACUUUAAUGCCAACACAGUUUGGCAGCACAGACAUCCGAAUCCUCGACCUCAGCUACAUCCUCACCGUUCCUAAACUGGAGACUCUUCUGUUGCAACUGCCACAUCUGGUGAUGCUGCAUAUCUACUUCGAUCUCACUGAAACGAGUGGGAACCCUCCAAGCGUAGAGAUUGCAGAUGUGCUGGCUGCCCAAGAUAGCACUUCCCGGCCAUCGAUCAAGCCACUAAACACAUCGCUGCAGCUGCUGGCAGUCGACGGCUACGCUGCAAGUGAAUUUGUUCUUUCGGCCAUUGGGCGCGAGGGAGUCGCACCGCUCAUGCCAGUCAUUGCCCGAACUCCUUCGCUUCUGAGAAUGCAGUAUUGCUGCGGCGCCCCCGGUGACGAUGCGCUUCUCAUGGACGUGCUUGGUGAUGCCACGGCUCGGGCAAAGGCCCCACACUUUGCAAACGUGCAGGUGGACAAAAACUGUCUGCGCUUAAUGCGGCAGAUUCUUAAAGGCAAUUGUUGAAUGAAUGUGCUGAUACCAAACACACCAUGUACAUGCACUACAUCGCUAUUGGGCCAGGCGCUCUGCGAGAUCACCACUGGAUGCUGCGUUUGGGAGCAUUUCAUGUGCUGAUUUCUGGCAGUUUUUGUGGCAGGGGGAAACAGGCGCGCUAUGCUGGAACAAGAGAAUGUUCGGACAUUGGAGACAAGAGGCAGGGAUUGGCAGAUGCUUACAUACGCUGUCAGCCAAACGCCUGAGCGUACGGACAAAGGU